AUGACCGUCCCCGAGACCUUGCGCGAGAAGUACGCCUCAGAGCGCGACAAGCGCCUUCGCCCCGAGAACCUUCAGAAAUGGAUCAGCUUCCGUGAGCCUGAGCUUGCCGACAUGGACCGCGACCUCAACAUCGACUACGAAGCGCUGCGCUCCCGGGACCAGCCGCUCGAGAACGGUAGCGAGGUGCAGGUGCUCAUCGUGGGCGCUGGUAUCCAUGGCGUUGUCAUGGCACACCGCUUGGUGACCGAGGGCGGCAUCAAGAACGACGACCUGGUCCUCGUCGACAGGGCUGGUGGUUAUGGAGGCACUUGGUACUGGAAUCGUUAUCCCGGCGUCAUGUGCGACGUUGAGGGAUACUGUUACUUGCCUCUUCUUGAAGAGACGGGUUACGUGCCCUCGAAGAGAUACCCGACCGGCGACGAGAUCCGUGAGCAGUGCGAGCGAGUGGCCCGCCAUUCCAAUCUCAGGGCCCAGUUCGGCACGACCACGACGCACCAUCAGUGGGAUGAAGCUUCCCGUCGCUGGAUCGUGGAGAUGGAGCGGGGCACUGGUCCUGGACAGACGCCCGAGUCCUUGACUGUGAAGUGCCAGUUCCUCAUCACUGCCGGUGGCGUUCACCCGUCGCCUCAGAUCCCCAGGCUCAACGGACUCAACGUGUUCCGCUCCGUACCCGGCAAGCAGGUCAUACACACGGCACGUUGGGACUGGGCACUCUCUGGCGGCUCGCAGGCCGAGCCCGACAUGGUCCACUUCAAGGGCAAGACAGUAGGCAUCAUCGGAACGGGAGCCACUGCGGUCCAGGUGGUGCCUCACGUGGCCAAGUGGGCGAAGCAAGUAUAUGUCUUCCAGAGGACACCGGCUUACGUAGGGGAACACUCACAAAGGGAGACGACGGAGGAGUACUGGCAAACGGUUGCGGGCAAGCCGGGGUGGCAGCGCGAGCGUCAGGCAAACCUCGACGCCGCCGUCAUGAAGGUGGCCGAUACCCCUGACCUGGUCCAAGACGGGUGGAGUCAGACGGCAGCGUUGGCGGCCUUUGUAGGCCGUGAGGGCAAGAUCAUCCAGGCCGGGGAGGAGGAGGCGCAUGAGCGCGCCCUGAUCGACCUGGACACCCCCUGGGCGGAGAAGAUGCGGCGGCGGAUCGACGAGGAGGUCAAGGACCCGGCCGUCGCGGCGAGACUGAAACCCUGGUACCCGGGGUUCUGCAAGCGCCCGACGUUCCACAACAGCUACUUGUCGGCCUUCAACGAGCCGCACGUCACCCUCGUCGACACGCAAGGCGCGGGCGUCAAGUCGUACACGGCCAACGGCGUCAUGGCCAACGGCCGGGAGUACGAGCUCGACGUCCUCGUCCUCGCCACGGGGUACACAAACACCGUCGUCGACCCGAGCCCGGAGAUGGCGGUGAACGCGCCCAUCCUCGGCCGCGGACGGCGCACGCUGCAGGACAAGUUCGGGAGCAACGAUUUUGGCAACCUUUUCGGCGCCCUCACGCACGGGUUCCCCAACCUGGUCUUCUGCACCGUUGCCGGCACCGGCCUGUCCGCAAACCUGACGCCGGCGCUGGACACCAACGCCCGGCUGGUGGCGCACGUUGUGUCGCAAGCCCUUCGGCAGGCGUCGUCGUCGUCGUCGUUGUCAUCGAGCCCGCGCCGGGCUGUCGUGGAGGUUUCGAAGCAGGCCGAGGACGAGUACAGCAGAAAGGUGGCCGAGCGGGCGCGGUGGUUCUCGGCCUUGUUCAGGUGCACCCCCAACUCCUUUCUCGACGACAAGAAGAUGGCCAAGGCGAAGGAGAAGGCGAAGACGGACGAAGACGACGAACUGGAGCGUAGAAAAGCGUGCUGGGGAGGGGGAAUCCUGGAUUUCCAAAGCAUGGUGGACGAGUGGACAAAGAAGGGCGACAUGGAGGGCGUUGUCGUCCAAUGCUAG